AUGACACAAGCUACAAAAAAACAAAGAACUGAUAAACCAAAGAAACAAUGGAUCAUUAACGCUGCUGGUAACGGUAGUGCAUCAAAGUGGAGACAUCCAAAAGAUACAAGUAGUAGAUUGGGACAUAGUGUUGAUGCUUGGAUUGAAUAUGCUCAAUUGGCUGAGAAGGGGAAAUUAAAUGCUGUUUUCAUUGCUGACCAUUUAGCUUUAUUUGAUAAUUAUAAAGGUCCAAAUAACUAUGAGAUUCCUGCACAGGAAGGUUUAAACGUUGCAAGAAUUGAACCAUUCAGUUUAGUUAGUGCUUUAGCUACUCAUACUGAAAACAUUGGAUUUGGUAUUACAGCUUCAACUGUUAGUGAACAUCCUUAUCAUUUUGCAAGAAGACUAGCAACAGCUGAUCACUUGAGUAAAGGUCGUGUUGGUUGGAAUAUCGUUUCAAGUUAUUUGAGUGGUGUUGGUAGACAAUUACUUAAUGGUGAAUUACCACCACAUGAUGAAAGAUAUGUGAAAACAUCUGAAUACUUGGAUGUUGUUUACGACUUAUUGUUAAGCUCAUGGAGAGAUGAUGCUGUUUUAGAGGAUAAAGAAAAUGGUGUAUUCAUUCCACCUGAUAGAAUUAGAGAAGUUAACCAUAAAGGUAAAUAUUUUGAUGUUCCUGGUCCUUCAAUUUUCCAACCAACUCCACAAAGAUUUCCAUUGAUUAUUCAAGCUGGAUCUUCAUCGAGUGGUCUUGAAUUUGCAGCUGAAAAUGCAGAAGUCGUCUUCUUGAACAGUCAUGAUCCUUCAAGAAUCUCACAAUCAGUCAAGGAUGUUAAGAAAUUAGCAAAGGAAAAAUACGGUAGAGAUCCAAAUCAUUUGAAAUUCUUGAUUCCAGCUAAUGUUAUCUUGGGGAAGACUCAUGAAGAAGCUGAAAAUAAAGUUAAAGAAUACUUGAAAUAUACAAGUGAAGAGUGGACUGCUGCUUCUUUCAGUUCUGUUACAGGAAUUGAUAUCAGUAAAUUCAAAGAUGAUGAGUUUGUCACCAAGCAACCAACUUCAAAUGCAAUGGCUUCAGCAACUGAAUCAAUCAUCAACAAAGGUCAAAAACAACAAACCAAAAGAGACAUUUUGGAUAGUUACAACAAAUAUGGACUUUUUGGUAGAGCAUUCAUUGGUACACCUGAAGAAGUUGCAGAUGAAUUAGAACAAUGGGUCGAAGAAAAUGAUAUUGAUGGGUUCAAUUUUGGUUUUAAUGCAGUUUAUCCACAAUUUUUGGAAGAUAUUGUUGAACUUUUAAUUCCUGAAUUACAAAAAAGAGGAGUUUUCCAUAAAGAAUAUCCUGUACCAGGUGGUACUUUCAGAGAGAAUGUUUUUGGUGUCAAAGGUCAAAAUUUCUUUCAUGAAGAUCAUCCUGCUUAUAAGUUGAGAUGGAAUUCUAAUGUUUCCAAAGAAAAAUUUGAAAAGGAAAUUAAGGCUUACAAUCCUGAAAGGGUGGGUAAAAGAGAUUGGCUCAAUAAAGAUUAG